CCUGCUGGCAUCGGCCCCGGGCACUGCUUGUGAAAAAAACUUGUGGUUCUCCUUUAACGGCCUGCCCGGGCUGUGCAGUGUCGUGAGACCCGCCGGUGUGCUUCCUCCCGGUGCCUGCCUACCUGAGCAUGUAAAGGAGGCUGCAAGGCUUCCAGCUAGGCCCAAAGCGUAAGAAAGUUGUUGGGUUUUUUGUGAAGAAAUGGCCUCCAGCGUUGGAAAUGAAAAGAGUGUGAAUCCUGUGCUUAGAAUAAGUCAACUCGAUGCUCUUGAACUAAACAAAGCCUUGGAACAACUAGUGUGGUCCCAGUUUACCAGCUGUUUUCAUGGAUUUAAACCAGGAGUGCUGGCUCAUACUGAACCAGAAUUAAAAGCAUUUCUAUGGUUUUUACUAUGGAGAUUCACUAUCUAUUCUAAGAAUGCAACUGUGGGACAGGCUAUUCUGAAUAUUCAGUACAAGAAUAAUUUAUCUCAGACAGAAAAAUACCAGCCUCUGAGCAAACACCAGAAGUUAUGGUAUCUUAUUUUCACUGUUGGUGGAAGAUGGUUGGAAGAAAGAUGUUAUGAUUUAUUUAGCAAUCGUCAACUACAGUCCUUCUGUAAAAUCAAGCAUUACCUUAAUUUUGGAGCUGGACUUCUUAAACUAUGUGGACUUGUAAAUUUUCUGAUUUUUCUUCAGAAAGGAACAUAUGCAACACUUACAGAACGCAUUCUAGGAAUUAGGUCAGUUUUUUGCAAGCCACAAAGUGUUCGUCAGGUAGGAUUUGAAUACAUGAACAGGGAGCUCUUAUGGCAUGGUUUUGCUGAAUUUCUGAUCUACCUGCUACCACUCAUUAAUGUACAGAAACUGAAACUCAAAAUUUCUUCUUGGUGUUUGCCUAUUGCAAGUCUUUCUAAUAAUGAAAACACAUUAGCAGUUCACUGCAAGGAGUGUUCAUUGUGUGGGGAAUGGCCUACCAUGCCACAUACCAUAGGCUGUUUGCAUGUUUUUUGUUACUAUUGUAUUAAAAGUAACUAUUUAUUUGAUAUGUAUUUUACGUGUCCUAAGUGUGGCUCAGAGGUACACAGUCUUCAGCCACUGAAAUAUAAAAUUGAAAUGACAGAAUUUCAUGCCUGAUAGGGGAGUUGAUUUGGUUUUAUACUGUACAUGAAAUACUAUAGUAGAGAUCAGUGGAAAAAAAUCAGAAAUUACUAUAAACAUCUUGAAAGACAGUUUUGGAGAUUCUGUAGUUUCUUGUAACAUUUGUCUUUACUGGUAUUAUUUUUUUUAUUUUUUUUUUACUGAGUAACAAUGUCAGUUUGCCCAUCUGAAGGAAGGAAAAGAACAGACUUCACCAGCUCUUCUGUUCUCUCAGACUACUUGUUCCCAGUUUGGUAUCCCUGUGUUGUCAAGUAUCUUCUUAGAUCCAUGGUCUGGCAGCCCACCACCUCCUAACUUCAUGCUAUACUCUUCCCUUAGGGAUAGAUGAGAAGAUGAUGAAUAAGCUUUUAGCCACUUUGUAGAUUUUUUUCAGCCUUGUAAAAGCUUCUUCCAUUGCCAACAUAACUAGUAGAUUUUAUGUGAAAGUCAUCCUAGUUACACCUAAAGAAUAGUUUUAUUUUUGAAUAUUUAAAAUCUGAAUUCUCAGUGUGAUGCUCCGCUGAAAGAAGGAAAGGUGUAAGACGAAGUCUUAUCUUAGCAGAUUAUUAAUAGUUUUCAUCAGAUUCAGCCACCAUAACAGGACAUAUGGUCUAUUUGUAAGAGAAUAACCUUUUAAGUGAUCUGUCUGGUCAACAGACAAAAAGUUAACUUGGGCCUGCAGGAGAUGUAACCAUCUCCUGGUCAAAGUACACUUUCUAGAUCUUCAUCAGAUGACAAAACUCAUUUUCUCACCCACCAAUGUGUCUGUGAUCUUCAGUGAUGUACGUAUGAUCACCUCCCGGUACUUCCCUAUGAAGCUGAGGGACACAAUCUAUCACCCACUGGGGUGCAGAAGCUACCUGAGGUAACGUGCAUUAUUCUAAGUCAGAUACUUUGGAGAAUACAGUUUGCUCUCAAGAUGCUGUCUUUGGGACUUGCCACUCUUUCUUUGGAGUGGUGAUGGUGAGCUCCAAACCUCACUAACGGCUUACUACCAUAGAGAAAACAGAUCAAACCCAGAUAUGUGUGUGUAAAUGUACUAAAAAAUGGGUAAUUGUGGUAAUUGUUCCUGUUUGGGGCUAUUACUAUUUGUUUUUCUCUGUUGGCUUUGUGAUGUUUUUAUUCCCUUCUUUAAUGCUUCAUCCAUUUAGUUUCUGACUUGGUUUUAUAGGGUAUAUUAUUUUUUUCAAAAUUGCAAUCUUUUUUUUUUUUUUAAACAGAAAGUCUUACCCAUAAGUGUCUUGUUAACACAAAAACACAUUUUAUCCUGCUCUGGCUCUUAAAUCAAAUUUGCAAAAUCUUACACAGUUAAACCAAGUAAAUCACUUUAUGAUGACUGGGUUCUUGAUUGGCUAUCAUCAAUAAUCAGUCCCAAAAAUAGUAUAGUAACAACUGAUGCGUACCUUUGAUCUCCUUUUACAAAAUGGUUUAUUACAUUCUUCAGUGUCUGAUUAAAACAACCCACCAGUCUAUUUGUUUGAAGAUCUUAAAUUCUGUUUUUUGAUCUUUAGAGUGACACAUAAUGCUUUCAUCUGAUGCAAUUAAAUAUAGUUAGUAGGAUCAUAAGUAUCUUUGGGCAGCCCAAAAAUUCAUUAAUUUUGCUACUAUUCUCUGAGUCUGUUUAACAGAGACUUCAGAGCAACCGCUUCCAGAUACCGUGUGCUGUAAUAUAUAAUUUGUCAGUGUGUAUCAGCAGCCUGCCAAAUUUCUGCUAUUCGCAGUUGCUAUUUGAGCCAUGAGGUACAAAUAUGUCCUUAUUAGAAGUAUCAAAGCUAGUAAGUCUGUUGGAGAAUAUCCUUGAGUCACUAGCUAGUGCUGAAGUGAUUCUGUAUCAGUUAUCUGUGCGUACCUGUGCGUUACUUAAUAGAUCUUCCCAAAGAAAUGUAAUAGCAGCCUUGACUUGAAGGUGGUCUCCAGAAAGGAUUAUCAGUAUUCUGGCUACCUCUCCCCAUAGCUGUCCUUAUUAAUUAAGAUAUAUACACAUCCAAAAUCCAGUGUUCACAGGUUAUAAUCAUAGCAGACCUUUGUUUUCUGUGGACUCUUCAAUCUUUCUGAAGUCACAGUGCAGUAUUGUGUCAGAAGUGCCCAGAUUUUCUAUAUUGGACUCCUUUAGGUGUUAUGUUCUUCUUAGUUAAGAGUUGACUUCUUUCCUAUUCAGUAAUGUUUCCUUUUCCUGAAUAUUUAAAUAAUGUUUUCUUCCUUAUUCGCUCUACCUCUGUCCGUUCUGCGCUUUGACUUCCUUAACUAAGCUGUACAAGUUUCCCAAGGUUUGUUUUAUCUCUUGCAGCUUCACACAGGUGCAAAUCCUAGUACCAUGUAUAGUCUGUUUUUCAUCCCUGUUACAGUAUCAGUACUAUACCUGUUCCUAGAAAUUUUGUACUUCUGUUGUACAGAACUAUACCACUGCUGGCUCUGGUAUACUGCUGUUGGCUGCCCUGUUUUUCUUAUGGAGUGUAACCUUUGAUAAUUAACUGAUGAUGGAUUAUCAUACCGAAGCAUUGGCAUACUUCUGUAGUACCUCAUCAUCAGCAUGUUAGCUUUGUAGCCUGCAGCACUGAUAACGUUUGUAGUCUGUCUCUUAUGGUAUGGAUAAGGUAAUGCAAACUGUCUGAAAUUCUUUUCCUACAAGGCCAACAAAUUUGACUUCCAGUUUGGUAUCUUCAACAUUCUUCUUAAGUGCUUCUUCUGCACUGGUUCCUGAGGACCCGAAGUCUAUUAAGAAUAACUCAAAAUAUUUUCAGAUUCUUAGCUGCUUUUCCAGGGAUUAGUAAGGCUACUUCUAUUUUUCAUAUUUUAAGAUUAUUCUAGAUUUGGUUUUAGUGUACAGAUACCUGCCAGAAACUUAGUCCUUGGCUCCCUCUAGAACUGUCCUUGCAAAAUCCAGAACCUUACUUUUAGUCCAAAUGCAUCCAUUUCAGAACCUCAUAAGUGCAGAAUAUUACAGAGGAAUAAUUUUAAUUUCACUGAUGGGAACUUAAUAUAUUCUGUGGAAGCUACAGAUGUAUUUAGUCAACUGUUUUCAUAAUCCUUAUUGAAGAUAGGAGAACACUUAAAUCUACUUUAAAAAUAAGAGACUGAUUAGUAAUCAUAAUAAAGCUAACCUUCCACCUGAAUAAAAUGGAGAGCUGUGAUACAGGAGAAUGUUACCUCAACCACAUUCACUUCGAUUGUACAUUUGUAAAUUUCAUGUGCCAUUUAAACUGUUUUUGAACUAUGUAUAAUUAGUCCAGUGUUCAGCCAGUUGGCUGUUUCAAAAAGACUUAGGGUAUUUAGUGCAUGUCAUGCACUGUAGGGUAUUUUUGUUUGCAUUUGGAGAUGCAAAUAUUCUAUACAUAUUAAUGGCAGUGUGUGUCCAAACUUCAGAGUGGCUUUAGUUCUUAUAUUUUUGAUGCAAGUAAGCAAGUACCAUACAUCUCACAGAAUUAGAAUGUUUAGGAAGAGGAUGGUUCAUUUUGUUGUUGGUUCUUGGUGGUUUGUUGUUGUUGUUUGUUUUUUGUUUUGUUUUUGUUCUUUAACUGACAUCUUCCUCUCUGCCCUGCUCCCCGCCCCCAACUGUCACCAUUUGGUGAAACCUUUGGUCUGUUGUAGUCAAAACUCCAAUUGCUGAGACCAGAAUUUCAAGUUGCAUAUUCAAAAAUCAUUUGCUUUCAGGGUAGAGUUUUAGGAUGACAAAGUCAAUACUCAGCAGUUUCCUUACAGCAUAGUAAAAUUAACUUUUUUUUUAUAUACUGCAGUUCUGCUUUGUGUGUCUUGUGAUGUGUAAGCUGCAGAAAAGUCUUAACUGAAGAGAUGACAGGAAAAAAUAAUAAUUUAUAGACUAAUCAAAGGAUAAUUAAUUUUAUAUACUAAUUGCAUGGAUAAUUUGUCCUCAUAAGCAUUGUAUUUUCAGGAAAAAAAUACUGCAACAAAGGACCAAGAUAAAUCUACUGAUGCUUCCUGCAACAGAAAGAGUAAAUUUUAUUUUGGAAUAUUAAUCUUUUCAAUCGUCUUCUCUAAACUAAAGGCUUUUAGUGUUCAUCUACUAUGAGAAUGUACUUCUGAACAGUUAUAUACGCAACAGUGAAAAGGAUCAAUGCCUAGAAUUUAAGAAAGCUAAAGGACCAGAACUCUUACCGAGCUUACUGAGUCUUGGAUAUGAGUUACAAGCCUGUAUUAACAGUUUUGUUUGUGCUCUGUUGUAGGUCUUGUGUGCUACAUGAACAUUUUCAAUAUAUCAGAAAUAAAUAAAGUCAUUUUUGAAGAAGACUAAUUACUUUAAUAAACAUGUUAGAAAAUU